GCUCCUCCCCCUCGCGGGCGGAGACCGGGGGAUCGCGGAGGCCUCCCGGUACCGACUGGUCACAAACUUGGGCGCCGUGGACGUUCCAGCCGCCUAGGAUGAGGAGGUGCGGCCGCCACUCGGGGUCGCCGUCGCAGAUGCUUCUGCUGCUGCUCCCGCCGCUGCUGCUGCUCGCGGUGCCCGGCGCUGGCGCGGCCCAACUCUCGGUUCUCUACUCGUCCGCAGACCCGCUGACGCUGCUGGAUGCGAACACUGUGCGCUCGGCUGUGCUGGGCUCCAGUAGCGCCUGGGUGGUGGAAUUCUUCGCCUCCUGGUGUGGCCACUGCAUCGCCUUCGCCCCGAUGUGGAAGGAGCUAGCCAACGACGUGCAGGACUGGAGACCAGCAAUAAAUCUUGCUGUCCUGGACUGUGCUGAUGAGGUCAAUACUGCUGUCUGCAGAGACUUCAAUAUCGAUGGCUUCCCAACUGUGAGGUUUUUUAAGGCAUACUCCAAGCAUAGUUUUGGAACAACAUUGCCAGUGGCUGGUGCUAACUUGCAGACGCUACGUAGGAGGCUCAUUGAUGCUCUGGAGUCCCACAAUGACACAUGGCCCUCAGCCUGUCCAUCGUUGAAGCCUGCCAAGCUGAAGGAGAUCAACAAAUUCUUUGCAAAAAAUAAAGCAGAGUUCCUGGCCCUGAUCUUUGAAGACAAAGACUCCUACGUGGGUAGAGAGGUAAUUCUGGACCUGUCCCAGCGCCAUGUCCCAGUGCGCAGGGUCUUGAAUACAGAGAGCGAUGUGGUUUACAAGUUUGAUGUCACUGAAUUUCCAUCGUGCUACCUGCUGUUUCGGAAUGGCUCUAUCUCCCGAAUACCUGUGCUGAUGGAAUCCAGGCCUUUCUAUACAUCCUAUCUGCUGGGACUGUCUGGACCGAUCAGGGAAGACCCCUUAUCCACAGCUGUACCAGUCACUACUGACGUAGUGCCCACAGUGUGGAAGACUGCGAGCGUCUCCAAGAUCUACAUGGCCGACCUGGAAUCCUCACUACAUUACAUCUUUCGUGUAGAAGUGGGAAAGUUCUCAGUUCUGGAGGGACCACGCCUACAGGCCCUGAAAAAGUUUAUGGCGAUAUUGGCCAAGUACUUCCCUGGUAAGCCUUUGGCCAAGAACUUCCUGCACUCCAUAAAUGACUGGCUUCACAGGCAGCCGAGAAAGACGAUCCCCUACAGCUUCUUCAGAGCUGCUCUGGACAACAGGAACGAGGGUUCCAUUCUUACUGAGAAGGUGAACUGGGUUGGCUGCCAGGGCAGUAAGCCACAGUACCGGGGCUUUCCCUGUUCCCUGUGGGUCCUCUUCCACCUCCUGACUGUGCAGGCAAGUCAGUACAGUGAAGACCACCCACAGGACCCAGCUGAUGGCCAGGAAGUCCUCCAAGCCAUGAGGAACUAUAUUCAGUUCUUCUUUGGUUGCCGAGACUGUGCGGACCAUUUCGAGCAGAUGGCUGCUGCCUCCAUGCACCGGGUGAAAACUCACAGCAGUGCAGUUCUCUGGCUCUGGACCAGCCACAACAAGGUUAAUGCCCGCCUCUCAGGUGCUCCGAGUGAGGACCCGCACUUCCCCAAGGUGCAGUGGCCUCCCCGUGAACUGUGUUCUACUUGCCAUAAUGAAGUCAACGGACAAGUGCCUGUGUGGGACCUAGAUGCCACCCUCAAGUUUCUCAAGAUUCACUUCUCCCCAGCAAACAUCAUCUUCGACUCUCCUACAUAUAUGCCAGCAGCCCAGAGGAGUCCUCAAAAUCUGGAAGCUACCCCAGAGCCGGUAAUGGAUGCAUUAGAACUGGAGACCAGAAAUUCAACGCUGGGCCGUGAGUGGGCUGCUUCUACGGAGUCCCUUGGAGCUACUGCCCUAGAUGUCCCAGCUGAGAAGCCUGAAGCAAGUGGUCCCCAGCAUAUGUGAAGUCCUGACCCGUUUCCGCUGAAGUCUCAAUGUUUCCUGCUUGGUCUUGGCCUUAAAUUGAGGUAGACAAGUCCAGAGUUUCCAUCCAGAAGAGAGGAUCCUGGGCUGGGUGGGCUGGCGUGGACCUCCUCACUGCAUUCUGAGGCUGUCUCCUUCCCUCCCUCUCCACAUGAAGAAAGUGCAGCAUCACUUCCGGCCUAAUCCAGCUCCAGCACCUCAGACCUGGGUGGGGUUUGGCUAAAGGAGUGGGUCUGGAAGCUUCCGGAAGUGACUCUGGUCUCCCAGGUUCAAACUAGAGUUUCUGCUGCAAGGGUAUAGCUUGAGGUUGGUGGGGUUUGGCAGGCUGGGUGGAUGACAGUGUCUGGGCUGUGGGGUGCAGUGCUUGCUUGGUGGCGGGACAAGGGGGUGGGUGACACUAGGGUCAGGAUAGUCCUGUACUAACUGCAAGAGAGCAUACUUCUCUCUGGGCUGGGGGCGCUUGUCUUUUAUUUUGUCCUCUAAAAAUCAACGCUAACUGUUGGCUGUGGAAGGUGCUGGCCUGAGCAGCUGAGGGGAGGGUUUCCCCUUGGGCUCCACUGUAGGCAGGUAGAGGAGGGAAGAGGCUGGUACACAUGCUUCAUCCACUCUCCCCCACUGGGAGGGGUGUGGAAUAAAAUUAUUUUUGUUAAGUCA